AUGAAGCUAUCAAAAGAAGUCCCGUUGAGUUCUUGAAAUGGAAUAUUCGUUAAUCAUGUUUGAAUAAGGCAGUGAUGUCAUUCACAAAAUGUAUGCUUCUGAUCUUCCAGCUGAAAAUGGGUCUUGGAAGUUAAAUGAGACUGGAUAAGGCACAUCAAUGAAGACACUCCUGCUUUAUAUGUUUUAAGGACAGAGCUCUAAAAGAAUUAAUCAGCCAGACCUGCUGUACUUUCAUAAUGAAGAAAAUUAGUCUCAAGACCAUUCGUAAGUCUUUUAAUUUAAAUAAGAGCAAAGAUGAAAGUGACUUCGUUGUGGUCGGACAGCCAUCAUUAAAUGAUUUUGGAAAAGAUGACUCCUUGUUUGGUAGCUGCUAUGGUAAAGAUUUAGCUACCUGCGAUAUCAACAGCGAAGACGAGAAAGGUGGCAAAAACAGGUCGAAGAGUGAAAGCUUAAUGGGUACGUUAAAAAGAAGACUUUCAGCAAAACAAAAGCAGAAAGGUGGCAAAGGUAGCACGCCAUCUGUGAGCUCUGCUGAUGAUGACACCUUUUCUUCUUCUUCUGCUCCAAUAACCUUCAAAGAUGUGAGAGCUCAAAGACCUCUUAGAUCGACAUCGCUCCGAAAUCACCAUUAUAGUCCAACUCCAUGGCCCCUUCGUCCAACAAACUCAGAAGAAACAUGUAUAAAAAUGGAAGUGAAAGUAAAGGCCUUGGUCCACUCCUCAAGUCCAAGUCCGGCACUGAAUGGUGUUCGCAAAGAUUUCCAUGACUUACAGUCAGACAACGUGUUCCAGGAACAAAACAAUGCAUUAAAAAGUACAGAAUCUCAGAAUGGAGAUUUGCAUCUCCAUAUUGAUGAACAUGUGCCUGUAGUUAUUGGACUUAUGCCUCAGGACUACAUUCAGUAUACUGUGCCUUUAGAUGAGGGAAUGUAUCCUUUGGAAGGAUCACGUAGUUACUGUUUGGAUAGUUCCUCACCCAUGGAGGUUUCAACUGUUUCUUCUCAAAUGGGUGGUAGUGCAUUUCAUGAAGAAGAAGUUCCAGUGAGUCAAGAUGUUGUAGUUGCUCCAGAUAUCUUUGUGGACCAGGCAGUAAGUGGUUUAUUAAUUGGUACCACAGGAGUUAUGUUGCAAAGCCCAAGAGUUAAUCACAGUGACGUUCCUCCACUCUCUCCAUUGCUACCUCCAAUACAGAAUAAUCAAAUCCAAAGGAACUUUAAUGGCCUGAAUGGCACAGAUGUCCAUGUGGCUGAAAGUAUGCGCUGCCAUUUGAAUUUUGAUCCUAACUCUGCGCCUGGAGUUGGAAGAGUUUAUGAUUCUGUACAAAAUAGUGGCCCUAUGGUUGUGACAAGCCUCACAGAAGAAUUGAAAAAACUUGCGAAACAAGGAUGGUACUGGGGUCCAAUUACACGAUGGGAAGCAGAAGGAAAACUGGCCAAUGUUCCUGAUGGUUCAUUUCUUGUACGAGACAGCUCUGAUGACCGCUAUCUUUUAAGUCUGAGUUUCCGUUCCCAUGGUAAAACUCUUCAUACUAGAAUUGAGCAUUCAAAUGGUAGAUUUAGCUUUUAUGAACAACCAGAUGUGGAGGGACAUACAUCUAUAGUUGAUCUAAUUGAACACUCAAUCAGGGACUCUGAAAAUGGAGCAUUUUGCUAUUCAAGGUCUCGAUUGCCUGGAUCUACAACUUAUCCAGUCAGACUGACCAAUCCAGUAUCUCGUUUUAUGCAGGUGCGCUCCUUGCAGUAUCUGUGUCGCUUUGUUAUACGCCAGUAUACCAGAAUAGAUCUGAUUCAGAAACUGCCUUUGCCAAACAAAAUGAAGGAUUAUUUACAAGAAAAGCACUACUGAAGGCUUAUGGGAACCUUGCAUCUUGCACUUUGGGAACAACAACAAAAAAUUAAAGGAGAGAGAUUGAAAUACCGUUUACAAACUUUAAUUUCUAUCAGUCUUUUGCUGCCAUAAUUUCAUUUUUGUGCAUAAAGAAGGGUAAUGCAUUUUUAUUUGUUUAAUGGGGUGGUCUGGGUUUUUCUUUUUAAAAUAAUUAUCUCAAGGGUUUUUUUUAGAAAAGUGAAAUUGCUAUCUUUCAUUCAAUGUGCAAAAUAAUCACAAUGUGAAUGAUAAAAGUUUCCCUAAAACUCCCCAUCUCCUUUGCUGCUAAUCCACUGUGAUUUUUAUGCAUUCGAAGCACAUUUCAUGUGUUUUCAACCAUAAGUAAAAGUUGAAACUUGAUGGGAUAUGUUUUGUCUUCUUCAAAUAGCCUGUUUUGUUUCCUCUUAUUUUUUAAUUAAAAAUGUUGUGGAUAAAAUGUGCUGGUAUACAGAAUUUAGAUGUAUGCUUAAAAAGAUUUCCCAGUAUCCUGAUUAAAAACCAUAAAGUUAACUGUGGGCUGGAGAGAACGUGUGAUGUAACACAGUUAUACAACAUAUUUUUUGAAAGCCUCCUCUCUUCUAAACAGUUUCAAAGAUUGUAGAUAUUGUUUUGCUUUUUUGUUCAUUUUUAACCAUUCUUAAACCUUUUUAAAAUGGCCUUUCAAAACAGACUUAGAAAAUAGGUAUUGAAAUGUUCAUGUUAAUAUUUAGACAGAGGGUAAAAUGUAAAUUAAGACAAUUUCUUUAAAAUUUCCAUAAUUUGGACUAAGCUAUGGUAGCAUAUGGCAAUAUAAUGGAAAGCUGUCUUCUUUUCAAGACAAUUUCAGUGUUGAAGGUUUGUCAGUGGAAUUUAAAACCCCCCAAAAUAAAGCAAAUUUCACUGGAGCUAAACAUUACCCCAUAAUUAUUGUAAAAACAGAAUGUUAUCCAACCAAAGUUAAACAUACUCAAGUUUCAUUAAUUUAAUUGGGUGAGUUAAACAUAUGCUUAAAUUUUCCCAUAGAAAUUUAUGGAAUAAAGAAGUACUUAACUUUGCUGGAUCAUGCCCUUAAUAAUAAAUGUGUUUUUAUUUUGUUUAGCAGUUCAUUUCCCAUAAUUAUAUUUCAUUUUAAUUAGUAAGGGGGGAAUUAAAUUUAUCCCUGAAGAUCUUUUUUUUUAUACUUACAUAUUUUAAAAUCAAGGAUGAAUUGAUUACAUCAUAAGCAUCACCAUAGGAAAUAUUUCUGUGCAUUACUAAUUUAAUUUCUAGUUAGUUGAAAUAAGGAAUCUAGGUCUGUUUAAAAUACUUGUCAUGGAAAAAUCUAUCAGGAACUGCUCUGGCACUAGUAUUUCCAAAACGUAUAUUCAUGGAUAUCUCCUUUUCACUUCAGUUAGACUUGUACAGGAGAAGUCUCCAAUGAAUUGGAAAAGCUAUAGAUUGCCUAUUUUACACAUUGGAUCUAAUACAGAGAAAGCUGGAAAAUAGGGAAAGUUGCAAAUAAUUAGAGCUCUAUUGAUUUCUGUGGGACAAUGUAACUAAUAGCGCAACUCCUUACACAUCUUUACAGAAGUAAGUUCCACAAAGUUCAAUGGGACUUGUUCCCAGAAUUACAGCCUAACUUUCUCAGAAAUGGGGCCAUUAUGAUUUGUGUUCAUGAGACUACUUCUGCAAGUUGUUAGUGUGGGAAAGGGGUAUGCCUAUUUUUAUUAGGAAAGAUCUUCUGAAUUGAAAUCUUAACAUGCAGGCAACCCAAUUCUGAAGCUUCUGAAAGAAAUUGUUCAAUUUGGGAAUGUGUUUUUAAGGUUACAGAUUUUAUUUCAUGCCAUUUUCACAUCUUUAUUUUUUGCUAUCCUCAGAAAGUUAUAGUCAUGAAUAAUUUUCUUAUCAUUUUCCCAUUUAUGGUUAGUUAAAAAAAAUAAAGUAAAGGGUUUUCAGAAAUCUUCGUUUUUGGAUAAUUCUCUCUUGCUUGUUCUACAUAGCCUUUUUUUUUCUUCUCUAAAGGAGUUUAUAAUAUUAAAGUACAGUGUUGCUGCAAGGUGCUGCAAUAGCACUACAUCCUGGGUUGCCUGAAUCAAUAUGCUAAACUUCUAUUUUUAAAGAAUUUAUUUUUAGAUCAUAGUGUUUAAAAAGAAUAUCAGAGGCAAAGCAUGUCUUUUGCUCUGGGAGACAGAGGUGGAAGCGUCUCUCCUGCCCAGUUAAAAUAGAUUUUGAAAAUAAAAUAGAGAGAGUGAUGUAUUAUUAAAUUCCUGAGCAAAAUAUAUAUGUGUGUGUUUAAGUCAUUUCUUGGCUUUGCCAUUCUGAUAUUUAUGCAAAAUCGUCAUGUUGUUUUCUGAUUUUUACCCCCAAAGUAAGACUACAAAUUUUAUACAUAAAAAGGCACAAUAAUAUAUACUAUGGUACCGUGUUUUGAGUCUGAGGAACAAAGAGGAAAUCCUUUUUAUACAAUAGGAAACAUUGUAUUUAGGGUAAAACACAUGUCAUAGGCGAGGUGGGGAAAUCCCCUUUCAAAAGUAGAAAAACAUUGGUUGGGGUUGGGGAAGUUUCCUUGAACAGUAAGGUGUAUGAUGGCAAAGUAAACAUUAUCCCAAAGUUUAAGAGUCUAAUGAUUUUUGAGACCAUGAUGGUAUUACAGUUCCAUAUCAAUUAUAUUUACUUAAAUCUCUACUGCCGCAGUAAUAUUGCUGUAGACCAUGAAUCUGCAUGCUGCAUUUCUUGCCAUGCUUUUUGCUCUUCAUUUCAUCAGUAGGUUCCUGAGGUGGUCACACCAUACUUGGAAUGCUCUCAUACUGUUUCUUCUCUCUUCUCUUGUUGUCAUAGCACAGUGUUACAGGAUCCCACUGUAGUAGUCUUGGGGAAGGCAGUGUGGCCCCCAAAAUGGCAAACCUGGUUUGCACAAUUGCUGGUGCUCAUUGGGUUUUGGCAUGCUGGCCGCCAUUGUGAAUAUUCAAGCUGCACUGGGCAAUCGCCAAGGCUUAUUGUGACAUGCGAACCGAGGCAGGGCGGCUUGUUGCCAUGGUGUUCACACAAUUAGCAGGGAGUUAACUACCUGCAAAUUAACAAGCCACAUAGUUAUCAAGUUACAGUGGUUUGUUAGGUGUGCAGGUUGGUCACAUGCCUUGGGGUGGGUGGGUGGAUUUGCAUAAUUCCUCUUGGCAGCGCAGCCUGUCAUGUUGUGUGAACCUGGCCAGGGUGGCUUGUUGCUGUGGGUGGCUUGUUGUUCACCACAGCAAUAAGCUGCCCUGGCCAGGUUUGCAUGAUACAAGAAGCUGCACUGUUGAGGGCAAAUCUCCCUGGUAUGUGCAACACAGUUAACAGGCCAACAUGGCUUGUUAACUGCUUGCCGACCCAUUACCAUGCAUUCCAGGAAAGAAUGAAAUGGGUAGAUCUCUCUUUCCCCCUGCUUUAACCUUCCUACUGCCAGCCUUUCAUUUCCCAGUAAGCCAUCUGACUAAUAGCUGGAGCAGCAACAGCCAGUACUAUGUGCUUGCCCUCAUCCACCCAAUAAACAAACAACGGUAAAUAAGAGUGGCAACCUCAGCACACCUUGAACCAUCUGCAUUUGGACUGAGCGAGCACUUUAGUGACAAAAGCAGCUCAGUGGGAGUAGGUACAUUCUGUUUUGUCGCUCUCAGCCAUCUGGCAAAUCUCUGCGGGUGGAUGAGCAGAUAGCACUGCCACAAUGAUAUUGGCUUUUAUUUCUCCUUGAAUGGCUUUGAAGUGAGUGGCUGGCUUGGUCAAGUGAUGGGGAAACAUUUGAUCUGAAGCCCAAUACCAUCUGUGUUGGAGGUUCUCUCUCUCUCUCUCUCUCUCUCUCUCUCUCUCUCUCUCUCUCUCUCUCUCUCUCUCUCUCUCCCCUGAUCCUAAACUGUUUAAGGUAAUAAGAUAGACAGAGCUUUUGGCAGCUGCUCUGUGUAUGCCCAGGUUUCAGUUUCCCAUUCCAGGUAACUGCUAGCUGUUUGAUGUGACUGGCAAAUUGCAUCCGUGUGUUGCACACAUGAGGAGAUACAUUCUGAAAUGGCUUUUGAAUGCUUUUCUUGCUCUCUCCUUUGAACAUUAUAGAAAGUUCAUCUCUUACUGCCACACAGAUUUAUAUGUUAUCUUCUAUCAGGGAUUUAGUGCAUUUUAACUGUGCACAUGAGUGGCCUGUUCACAUGUCCAUUGUAAUGAAUUAACUCACGCAACACUUCAUAACAACUUCAGUGAACAUAGCCUGCUGGAAAGUGGAAGUCCUUGUUCACUGACGUUGCUGCAGCAGCGCUGGCUGAAUUGCCUCUUCCCAUGUUACAAUGCUUUUGCCAGUAGUGCAAGCUGUUACACUGAGUCAUUUAACACAUAAUAGGUUUCAGAUAAACAGUUUAUCACAUCGAAGAAAAGGGACCCCUCAAGAUAGGGAGGACUAAAUCAGCUGCUUAGUAGUUCUUGUAACCAUAUGAGGUAAUUUCCACAGGUGUUAUUACCUUUUUGUAAACCAAAUUGCAUUGAUUAUAUAUCAACAUUUUUGUGCUACUGAAACACAAGCAGAAGAAAAACAACUUAAUGAGUGGCUUCUGAUAGUAGUGGUCUAAUACGUAGGGCUCUUUAUUUUAAAAAUUACCAUUACCUCUAUAUUAGCACAACUUAUGUAAUAAAUGCAAUUGGAAAAUGUUUUUACUAUAACCAGAAAAUGUUAUUGUACAUUGACAGAGAAACAGCAGUAUAAAAUUAGUGUGUUACAAAUUUGAUGAUAAAAAUAAGACAGUGAACUAGGCUGGAGUUUCUUAUGUACACAGCAAACAAUCAACCCAUAACAAUUAUACUUCAGUCUCUUGUAAAGAAAACUGCUUAUUUUAGUAUUCAGAAGAUAGCAAGUUAUUUUCAGUGGGUAUGUUGUGAGAAAGCAAGUAUGAAUUGCGGCAUCAAUUUCUUAGCCUCAGUAAUAAAAUAUUUGGAUAGAAUCUGGUGUAAGAAACAAAAGGCAAAGCCCAGCCUCGGUGACCUGGACAUAGACAGUAGGAUCCAUAAUGGGUUCAAUUGUAAAGGGAGUAUUUCUUUUAAAGAUUGGCCUUUAAUUGAUUUUUUUUAAAAAAAAAUUGUUAAGAGAAAAACUAUCAGAAUAUUACAGUGCUGCUGUUAUGUAUCUGCCUUGUUUCUUUGCCACAUUUAAAUGGCUAUGAAAUGGCAUCUGAAUUGGAGAUUUUCAAGCAUGGUAUAUUCACGACUAUAAAGAUAUAACUAACAUAAAUUCAUUUUUUCACAUUUCUGUAAUAUGCAGUUAAAUCUAACAGUGUAGCACUGGUUUUGAUGAAGCAUCAGUGGUUUCCCUUUCCCUUUCUCCACCUACAAUCAUUACCCACUGCUUUAAAUCUUCUGUCUUCUGCAAUGUGUUUUUCCCCAGGCCUUCCCCAUCUCCUACACUUCUCGUUCCUACAUCUUCCUUAGCUAGACACCCACAUACAACAAAUGUUCUCACAGACCCAAUGCCUAGAGUGCACUUAAAUGAAGCCUCUAAGACCAUCUGAUAAUAUCUGGUUUAUGUUAUUUCAAACACUGGAUACAGUGUCUUAUAGGAGUUCAUUGCCAGCAGGCAAGGCAUUGAUUUGUAUAUUCCCAAGGAUCACAGUUCAUAGGUUGGUAGCAGAGCUUGUAAAGGCUUGUGGAGUAUCAUGCUAUAGCUGCAGAAAGAGUUCACCCGAAAUCUAGCUCUUUGCUGCGAUGAAUAUAACAGAGUUGCUGUUGACUUUUUCAUGUGAAAAUCUACUUAUGUGUUUUGCAAUUGGGAGUGAAAGUAGUGCAGCCCCAAACCCAACAGUAGCUGCAGCAGAGAGAACAAAGCUUGUGGUUAACCUUCACAGAACUGUUUCUUCGAGCUAGAAUUGCUGUGGAAGAGGCAGGGAAGGCAGGCUCACAUUGCUCAUGUCAGUGAGGAGCAGAGCCUCUUCAAUAAGGUAGAAGGGAAAUCUUUAGCAAGACAAGGAAUCCAGAUGAAGCAUGGAAAUAAAUUCCUCUAUAAGUUUUGAGUAAGCUCCACUUUUCUAAUUUUAGCCAAGUGCUCCUUGGGCUGGGGAGUGAGGAUUUAAACUAGAACUUCACUCAUCACCAACAUUUUUUCAUUCUGUUGUCAGUAUUUACUUGUCCCAGGAGAUCAAAUCUAGCAAAUCUUGGGGUCUGUUUGUAUUUCUAAAUGCCCCAGGUAUCUUUAAUAUUCAUGUCAAGGUGCUUAUCUCCAUAUGAACUCUUACUGCUGAACUUCUCAAAACAUGCAGUUUUUCGUACAAAUGCAUUUCUUAAUGUGUAAAUAUUGGAACUGUUCAGUGAAACCAAAAUACCAGCAAUAUACUGACUGUGAAUUCCAGAAAGGAAGGGUCUUUAGUUACAUAACACUGAAAUUUUAAUCUAAAAUAUUGGUCACAUCAGCAAUUGCUACUAUUGUAUCUUUGAAUAGUAUAAAAAUAUAUGAAUGAUGCAUUCUUUAACAAAGAUGGGAUAGUUCUUAAAAUGACAAAUACUGUAGAGUUUGAUGUAUUUGGAAAAUGGUCCAAACUCUUUAUGCCAAUAAUGGGGUGGGGUGGGGGAGAAAUUCUUAUAGAAUUUUGUAUUACUAUGUAUUGGGUUAAAGAAUUUUUAUAGUGGUGAUGGAGUGCCAUGAAAUUAAUACUUAAAAUCCAGAUUGCUGUAGUUUACACUUUUCUGUAUGUUUCCAACUAAGUGUGCGUUAUUUGUACUAAGCACACAACAGAAUGAAUUAUCCAAAGUCCAUUGAUUUUAAAUGUGUUUUGGUUUGUUAAAAAGAUUAUAGUAAUUUCUUGCACAUUUUUUGAAAAAUUGUAUAAGGAUUUAUGUAUCUGCUUCUAGAUACAGUGUGUAAAUAA